AUGGGGUCAAGUUCCAUGUACAAGGCCAAGGCAUGGAAGGUGGAGCACAAGGAGUUCAACUCCGUCGUCACGUGCUCCAAUGAUUCCGAGCUGAAAGCUAGCAUGGUCGUUGACGCCACCGGAUUCACGAGUCCAUUUAUAGAGUUUGAGGGGCCGGUGAGGAACCUUGGGUACCAGAUUGCGCAUGGGAUACUCGCAGAGGUGGAGGGCCAGCGUUUCGACGCGGACAAGAUGGUGCUCAUGGACUGGAGGGACUCGCACUUGGGCAACGAGCCUUGCUUGAGGCAUCGGAACGACAAGCUCCCGACGUUCCUUUAUGCCAUGCCCUUCGACUCUGAUGCUCCCAACCUCUUCCUUGCUUGGACUGGAGUUGCCUUUAUGCACUAG